AUGUAUGCUGUGACUAUUAGUGAUGAGGGUGACUGUUACCGGUGUUUCCCGAACGAUUCGGGCAUUGAGAGUGCUGCUCUAGGUACUGGUGAGGCUGCUGCCCUAGGUGCCUGCGAUGCUGCUGCUCUACGUGCUAGUGCGUCUGCGUCCUCAGGUACUGGUGAGUCUGCGCUCUCAGGUACUGCAUCGGCUUCGGCCUCCCUCACCUUCACCCUUGACUCUGGGGCUUCUCGCUCCUCCUUUCGGGACUGCACCACAAUCACGCCGCUUAGUCGGCCGGGUGUGGUGUCUCUGGCUGACCCCUCUGGGGGUCCUGUCCUGUCUCACUUCUCCACAGUCCUCCCGUGUCCGGCGGGUCCCUCUGGCACCCUGUCUGGUCUCUACCUCCCCUCGUUCUCUACGAACUUGGGGCCAGGCCCUACCUGUGUCCCCUGUGUCGAGGGGCGCCAGCGGGCUGCCCCUCACUCCUCCCAGUUUCCUCCGACAGAGGCCCCGCUGCAGACGCUUCACAUGGACGUGUGGGGCCCAGCCCGCGUCCGUGGACAGGGUCACGAGCGCUACUUCCUGCUCGUUGUUGACGACUACUCGCGUUACACCGCGGUCUUCCCCUUGCGCAGCAAGGGUGAUGUCACUGAGGUGCUGAUCGACUGGAUCCGCGCAGCUCGUCUCCAGCUCAGGCAGAGCUUUGGCUCGGACUUUCCUGUUCUGCGUCUGCACUCGGACAGAGGCGGAGAGUUUUCCUCUGGCCUUCUGAGAGCCUAUUGUCGCGCACGAGGCAUCCGUCAGACCUUCACGCUUCCGGACUCUCCGCAGUACGCGGCGCAUCAGAUCAACCUUCACCCUAGGGUCUCCAGGCCGGAGACCUUCCCAGCCUUGCUGUGGACGGGGAAGGUUGGCGAUGCGUCGGCGUUACGGGUCUGGGGAUCUCGGGCGUUUGUCCGCGACUUGUCUGCGGACAAGCUGUCCCCUCGUGCUGCUCCUUGCGUCUUCCUGGGGUUCCCCCCUGACGCGCCUGGGUGGCAGUUCUGCCACCCCACCUCUCGCCGUGUUCUGUCCUCCCAGGUCGUCACGUUUGACGAGUCGGUCCCCUACUACCGCCUCUUCCCCUACCGCACUCCGUCAUAUGUGUCCCAGGUAGAUGUAGUCGAGCCUGUCGAGGUUACUGGUGACUCUGGUGCUGCUGAGGGUGCUGAGCCUGGGGGAGCUGAGCCUGGGGGUGCUGAGACUGGGGGUGCUGAGCCUGGGGGUGCUGAGCCUGGGAGUGCUAAGCCUGGGGGUGCUGAGACUGGGGGUGCUGAGCCUGGGGGUGCUGAGCCUGGGGGUGCUGAGCCUGGGGUUGCUGUGCCUGGGGGUGCUACACCUGGGGGUGCUGAGACUGGGGGUGCUGAGCUUGGAGGUGCUCCGCCUGGAGUUUCGCCGGGUACUUCGUCUCUGCGGGAGCCACUCUCUCCACAGGAGCUGCGCGAGUGGUUUGCCCGGCGCUGGAGGCGUGCUGCUGGAGCUGGAGGUUCUUCGGCCACUGAGGGUGCUACUGUCGCGGGUCCCGGAAUUGCUCGUCCUGGGAGUUCUAGAGCUGCCGGGCCUGCGGGUUCUACUGGAGCGGGUGCUCCUGAGGGUGUUGGCGCUGAGACUACUGCUGGCGGUCCUGCUGGGGGUACUACUGGUGCUACUGGAGCUUGGGGGUGCUGA